CCAAUAUGGAAGCUGAAUUAUCUAAGUUGCCAAGAGAUGAAGACCCAGAAGCUAAGUACACAUAUGCGGCACCAGUGUGGAAGCAAUACUUGAUCGUCACCUGGAGAACAAUUGUACAAAAAUGGAGAUCACCAGGAUACAUUUAUGCGAAAAUAUUCUUGGUUGUUUCGUCCUCUUUAUUCAAUGGGUUCUCAUUCUUCAAGGCAGACAAGUCAUUGCAAGGAUUACAAAACCAGAUGUUUUCAAUCUUUAUGUUUUUCAUUCCGUUCAACACAAUUGUUCAACAGUUGCUUCCUCAGUACGUGAAGCAAAGAGAUGUCUAUGAGGUUAGAGAGGCGCCAUCGAGGACGUUCAACUGGCUUGCUUUCAUCAGUGCUCAACUUACAUCCGAGAUGCCAUACCAAAUUGUCGUGGGAACUUUGGGCUAUUUCUGUUGGUAUUACCCCGUGGGUCUCUACGCCAAUGCCGAACCAACAAAUGCAGUUCAUGAAAGGGGUGCUCUUAUGUGGCUUUUCAUCACUAGUUUCUAUGUUUACACCAGUACCAUGGGUCUUUUGUGUAUUUCAUUUGUUGAGCUUGCUGAUAAUGCUGCAAAUCUUGCCACGCUUUUAUUUACAAUGUGUUUGAACUUCUGUGGUGUGCUUAAGACGGGUGACGAAUUGCCCGGUUUCUGGAUCUUUAUGUAUCGUGCCAAUCCAUUCACUUAUUUGGUUCAAGGUAUGUUGGCUACAGGAUUGGCAAAUACAUCAGUGCAAUGUGAUAAAUCCGAGUUGUUGACGAUUGAUCCGCCAAGUGGACAAUCCUGCUCGUCAUACUUGCAGUCAUAUAUUCAACAAGCAGGUGGAUACAUUGUUGAAUCGAAUGGCUGUCAAUUUUGUCAAACCGACCGUACCAAUACAUUUUUGGACUCCGUUAGUUCCAAAUAUAGUCAGAGAUGGAGAAACUUUGGGAUUGUUAUCGCCUUCAUUGCCAUUAAUAUUAUAUUAACUGCAUUGUUUUACUGGUUGGCAAGAGUUCCAAAGGGAAACAGAGAAAAGGAUCACAAGAAGGACAACAAAGAGAAGAAGUAG